ACAGAUAACCUAAAACCUGCACUGUUUACAUCUGCAUUGUGAUGUGCUCGGAAUAACACACCAUCCGCUAGUUAAUCGAGGAGGAAAAUUAUUAAUAUUGUGUCUUGUGAAAUAUAUUCAUAAUGUGCAUAGACACGAUGUUUCAAUCCAAAAUGCCGUCCAAAGAGAGGGGUCAACAAUCAAGAGAAAAGUUUGAAGAACCUGCUGUUUCAUCGGACGUCGAAGAGGACCUUCGUAUAAGACGGGUUGCCGGCGGAUGUUUGGUGCAAUACCCACCGCUGUUCUCUCCGGACGGAAACUUACUGUUUAUUAUCUACGAAAAUUGCAUUCAAGCAUUUAGUAUAACAACGGGAGAGCUGGUUCAUAAUUAUGAGAAUUCGGUAAAUGGUAGCUUUCUGAUUGGCAUGGUGAUCGACCGAACGAACAGCAAGUAUAUAUACGGCUGUACCAAUGAUGGGCUAAUCAUCUCGUGGAAAAUCGAUUCCGGUACAUUGAGCGGAAAGAUGGAAGUGCUGAAAAAUACCAAACUUUUGGUCGAGUCAUUGCAUAUGAUGUAUGAUGAAAAUGGCGUUGGUUCGUUUCUAAUAGCCGGUACAUCAUCUAAAAAAAUGUUUAUCCAAUACUGUCCGCAGAAAAAGAAAAUAUUGCAAGUGGUAAAUGCAAAGUUGCAGACCAAGGAAGGAGACCUUGAUCAUAACCACGCCAAAAAUACUCACAUGUUGGCAGCGCCAGGCGGUGAUGGGCUGAAUUAUUUCGCGUACAUUGCUCUAGAAAGGUGGUACUGGUGCCGCCUAAAGCCUUCGGUGUACGUGAACAGUCGUCCUCACUGCAGUGGUGUGAUGCCGCGUGUGAUUGUUUGCCAUCCUACGGAACCGAUCGUUGCUGUAGGCGACAGUAUAGGACGCGUGGUACUGUAUCGCAACUUUCUUGACCAAGGUCGUCCUAUUCCUGAGACAUACCAUUGGCAUUCGCUGCCAGUGAAAACAUUGGCGUUCGGCAGCAGUGGUACACAUUUUUACUCUGGAGGUCAGGAACGUGUCGUGGUCAAAUGGAAUGUGGGACAGCACGAUAAAGGAUCGCUCAUUCCCCGACUGUCCGAUACGAUUCUACACAUCGUUGUGGGGCCAGAAAAUCUGAAACUGGUGCUAUGUACCGCUGAUAACGGUAUCCAAAUAUUGAACGCACUCCACAAACAAACAGCAAUAGUGCAGAGCUUUUCAAAGACUUCCAGCGACAUUACGGAGAAGCAGUUGUUCCCUGCCGGAUUGCGUGUAAAUCCCAGAACGCAAGCGAUUGUUCUUAACGGAAGAGUAGGAUGUAUUCAAUUUUUUUCAACCUACUCCAAAAAUUUGCUUUACACGCUGGAUAUAACAAAUCGCAAUUACAACACCAUGGAGGAAAAAGUGGUUAUUCACAACACAGUGGUGACAAACAUCGCUAUUAAUGCCUAUUGGUUGGCCACCGUUGAAAACUGGAGCGAUAAUCAAUAUUCAAUGGAAACGCGGCUAAAAUUCUGGAAGUAUGAUGAAUCGCACCAAACAUAUUCACUGAACACUAGUCUAGAAAACGUUCACCAUGGUGGAGUGAAUGAUAUCGCCUUUUCCAGCAGCACUAGAGAGCGCGAUUUACAGUGCGCUACCGCUGGAGAAGACCGGCGCAUAAAAGUGUGGGCGCUAGACUCGGUAGAAUUGAGUGAUGGAACUGAGAAGCUUGUAUGGACCUGCGUUGGGAGCGUACAGCACCGCAACCUGCCCGUGAAGUCGAUAUCAUUUUCGCAAGACGCCUCCCUUCUGGCUGGAGGGUUCGGAAACAUCUUGUGUACGUGGAACACAGAAACUUUGCAACUGAAAUGUGCCCUUUCUACGCCGAGCAGCUAUGACGGUUGCGUCAACCGGGCGCUAAUUAUGAUACCAACAACAGCAAACGUAAAGAAAUCGGCAAAGAAUAGUACAAUGGAAAAGACAUAUGACGAUAUGCGCGAAGAGAUCACCACCGAAAUGAUUGCUCUAAUGAAUGGAAAAGAAAGAAGUGUUGUGUUGGAAAAAAUGAACACCAAUCGCAACAAGUGCCAAAGAAUUAUUCGCACCAGGAAAAACACUGCAAGCGAUAAAAUCAACAGCCUAUCUCAGGAACUAAAAAAAAUGAUUGUACAAAAAUCUGCAGGAAACGUACAACUGAACAUGGCACAGAGAGCUGAAAUGUUUCACACGCUAGCAAUCACUUGUCGAACAACGGAUGAUGCUCGAAAGAUCAUUCAACAAAAAAUCCUAACCUCCCGACGAUCUUCUCGAAAAAUUAACAAAUCUUUAGAGAAGAUAGUUGAAAACAUGGAUAAACAGACUUUGUUCAAAAGCUAUCGGAGGAUGCGCAAUUUUGAGCGUCGUAAAAUGCCAACAAUCAAUGAUAAAGAUAUUGAAAAUGUGUUUAUGACCGCAGUGAAUCCGGACCGAAAAAGCAUGGCUAACACAAACGGAACCUUUCCAAACGCUAUUACAUCGGGCAUUAAAAACAAAGACGGUCCAGUGAAAAGUUUUGCGCAAAUUAAGAAUGUGCAUUUCUGCUAUGGGCAGUUUUCGCACCUUCUGCUUAUUUGUACCGAGAAUCGGUUGAUCAUUUGGAAUCUACUUUCGUUAAAAAUUCAAGUAUCUGUACUGCUUACCAUCGACCAACUAGCACUGGAUCCCUUCACUAAUUUGAUCGCAACAUUUACAAAAACCAAUGAAGUGUACGUGUUUCUUCCUAAUAUUCCUAUGCCGCUCUAUCAUCGGACCAAUAUGCCAAAAGUAUUUGGCGCAGCAUGGAUCCCUCGUCGUUACCCUCGAUCACAGUCGUUCAAUGUAGACUGGCAGGCAACUUCGCAACUAUUUUUCUUGAAUGAAAAACAAGAACUGCUUCAACUGGUCUCAGAUAGCGACGAGGAGUCACUAGGUCCCGUGGUAUGCAUGAACGAGUCUCCAAUCAGUGCAAAUACCCCUUUCGCUGCAAUGCUGAAUAAACACUCAAGUGGAAAUAAUGCGCUACCAUACACCGACCUACCACAGCCAGGAACAUUGUUUGAUUUGACAACCAAAUCUGCUGUAAAGGAUAUCAUUUCGUCAUCUUCUCACACCAUGGCACCAAUAAGCCUAUUGUGCAAGGACUUUCUCCGUUCGUUGCUUAUCGCGGAAGAGCGCCGUACUCAGCCGACCGCCACUCAGCCGACGAAUCAAAGGACGCUGGUUGUGGCAGGUACAACAACAGCGGCAACUGACAAUGACAGCGAUUCGAUUGCAGAUGCUAAACAUGAGAGGCAUGAAAGCGAUGAGGAAAACACGAUGAAUGAAGACGACAAUAGUGUUCGGCGGAAAGCCAGUAAGUCCUCUCGCAAUGUUGCUCAUACGGUUAUUAAUCGGAUGAUGAACAGCAAGAAACAAACUGACAUCGCAGGAGCGGAAGAAACAAAGCUUAGAAAAUUACUGAAUGAAUCAUUGGAUAUGGCCUUUUUGUAAUAUGUUUCUACGUCACUUAGCGGCGAUGUUUGCUUUUAUACAUAUAAAUGAUGUUAUAUUUCUAAAACAAUAAUCAAUAAAAACGUGGCGAAAAUCUGCAACAAAGAGAGAAAGAGA